CCGCCUGGCUAGCAUGGCUUUCUCCGCGCCCGGCGCUGCCUCCGCGGGGCUCCGCACCCAGGACGCCUGGACCCAGCAGAUCUUUCCUGUCAUCCACUGGAUCCAAGCAGUCAUGGCUACUUUGAGCGUAAUAGGGUCCAGUUCGCUGAUUGGUUAUGCAAUGCUCCAGAAUACAGCCAGAUCCCCCCAGGGACGGCCUUUGUUCUACUUGAGCCUCUUGGAUCUCUUUCUGGGCAUGAUCUGGCUGUUUGGGGCUCUCCUCUACAAUGAAGAGGCUGCCACGUCCGCAAGCCAGGAGUCUGCUUGCUACAACCUACAAGCCACAGGAGAGAUCUUCUAUGUUGCCUCCUUCUUGUAUACUGUCAAUUACACUUGGCACCUUUACAUAGACCUGAAGAUGAAAUACAACCAGAAUCUACAAAACCGGCCACCCCAGAUUAUAAGCUACGUAAAUCACAUUGGCCGAACAGCUAUCUUUUUGUCUGGCUCUGUCCCUCUCUUACUGAUGGUUCCCGUGUUUGGGCUGGGCAACUAUUACGAAUGUUAUCAGAACUUCACUGCGGAACAUGGGUGCCUCUUGAUGCACACGGAAGUCAAGUUCAUCACCGGUCCCCAUCAACAUCCGUGCAGUGUGAUGUUCUCUUACGGCAUCGGAGUGUUUUUCAUCUCAUUCCUGGCCAGCUUCAUUGCUAUCCUGGUUUUGCUUCUCCAAGCCAGAGCGCUGUACAAGAGGUUUCUGAAUUCAACCGGCUACGUGGGCGAUCAGGAGUGGGCGAUGAUUAAGAUGGUAGAGCAAAGAGUGUUUUUGUACCCCAUGAUAUUUUUUUGCUGCUGGGGUCCAGCCUUUAUCCUUGGAAUCUUCAGACUGACAUCUUUGGAGCACACCAGGCCGUACAUGGGAUUUUGUGUUUUAGAGGCCCUGACAGCGUCAUCCCAGGGCCUCCUGAACUGCGCUGUUUACUGCUGGACCCAGCAUACGUUCCGCUGCAUGAAGCGCAGGGCCUGCCAAGACGGCGAGACCCAGACGCCGCUCCUGCGGUCCCAGAAGAGGUUCUACGAAAGCACGCUGCCCGCUGCUGGACGCCAGGUGGAGGCCAAGUCCGCUGCGGGCUCCACGGCGCUGUGAGCAAGGGAGCUUUUGGAGUCCCUCUGGCUGAGCACCCGAAACUCUCUCCUCCCACUCCUUUGGCACCCUCCUCACUGCCACGUAUUGCCAGAGGGGAAGGUGGGCAGCCCAGCCACCUUGGCCCACCAGGCUCCCCACCUGAUCCCACCCAUGCCCUGCCAAGUUAAAGAGACCUUAUCCAGUCCAGCGCCCUGUAACCUAUCAGGUGGGAGGGAACGGCCAAUAACUUUGGCAUUCAAAAAAGGACUGGUCUACACAAGGAGCAAGACUGCGAUGGGCCAGCGGCGGCAGCAACGGCAACCUCUCCCCAAUGAGCCUUUUGGUGGAGCAGGAAAACUGAGGCUUCGUCAUGGGACCUGGAUGGUGUGUUUGACAACCGUUACUUAUAUGGGCGAGGGGGAGCCUCUUUUAAUUCUGCAGCCGUUCCUGUACAGGAGAUUAUUCCAGGACUGUGUUGGAAUCUGGAUGUGUGUGAUAAUAGGCUGCUGUGGGGCCGACCUUUUCUUCCUCAGAGCUGCUUGUUUUUGUCGUUUUCCACUCAACAGUAAAGACAAAAGGGAACAUGUGG